AUAGCCUGAAAAACGGCCCCCAAAAAAGGUGUUUGUUUGUUUGUUCGUUUUUUUUUUACCGCUAGGUAUACAUUACCUAAGGUCAAAAUUUGAUGGGGUUGUGGCGAAUUGUAAUUUUUUGGCCAUUCAAUGCCUGUGUAUAUAGGAGGACAGUGGUUAUGGAAGCCAAAAUCCGCUAAGGAGGAGGAGAAGAGUAGGAGAGGAAGACGAGGAAGAGGAGGAGGAGGACAAAAACGUGAACGAGGAGGAGGAGGAGGGGGGAGAGGAGGAGGAAGAGGAGGCAGAGGAGGACGAGGAAUAGGAGGAAGAGGAGGGGGAGGAGGAGGAGGGGGAGGAGGAGGAAGGGGAGGAGGAGAGAGGGGACAAAAACGAUGUUAAGAGGGAGGAGGAAGAGGAGGAGGACUAUCAGGAGUACGAGAACGAGGAGGGGAAGGGGAAGGAGGAGGAGGAAGAGGAGGAGAAGGAGGAGGAGGCGAUGAAGGGGGAAGUAGAAGAGGAGGAGGGGGGCAGCAUGAAGAUGAUGAGGGGAAGGAGGAGGAGGAGGACAUAGAAGAUGAGGAUGAGGACGAAGAGGCGGAAGAGGAGGAGGAGGAGGCAAAAGAGGAGGAGGAAAAGGAAAAAGAGGACGAGGGGGAGAAGGUGGAGGAGGAGGAGGAGGAUGACGACGUGGACAACAACAAGAGGGAGGAGGAAGAGGACUAUCAGGAGUAGGAGAACGAGGAAGAGGAGGAGAAGGAAGAGGAGGAGGUGGAGGGGGUUAAGGGGGAGGACAAGGAGGACGAGGGUCCCCGCAAUGGCAAGCAAGGACGGC